AUGCUGCAAGCUAGACAGCACGGGACCGAACUUUACGUGGGUGUCCAUUCGGACGAGGAUAUUUUGGAAAAUAAAGGACCCGUGGUGAUGACGCUGGAUGAGCGCCUUGCCGCGGUGGACGGCUGUCGGUGGGCCACAAAGUCCGUUCCGGGAGCCCCCUACGUGACCGAUCCUGCCGUCAUGGACUUCUACGGGUGCAAAUACGUAGUCCAUGGCGACGAUAUCACGACAGAUGCCAAUGGAGAGGACUGCUAUAAAGUCGUCAAGGAGCUGGGUCGGUUUAUCGUGGUGAAACGCACACCCAACAUCUCCACCACAGACCUCGUGGGCCGGAUGCUGCUGUACUCGAAGAACCACCAUCUGCGGCCUAUUCUGGCCAAGGACUGGCAAGACUACGCUGCUGGACAGCCAUCGCACCCUCUUCUUCAGCCCGACGCGGCCAAGCGCUACAAAGACUACGCCACAUGCGAGGACGGCAAGAACCCCGGUGUGGCCGUUUUUGCGUAUGUCAAGGACACCGGCGAGGUCCACGAGCUGGUGAAGCCCAGCGCAGACAGAUUCAAGUCGGCCAAAAUAUACUAUAUCGACGGUGGCUUUGAUCUGUUCAAUCCAGGACAUAUCGUUGCUUUGAAGAAGCUCAAGGAGCGAGCAACGGCCGACGGCGCGGUUGUUCUUGUGGGAGUCAACGACGACGAGGACGUCAACAAGCACAAGGGCAUCAAUUAUCCGAUCAUGAAUUUAUUUGAAAGAUCUCUGUGUGUGCUGCAAAGCAAGUACAUUGACGGGAUUGUUCUUGGUGCUCCUUACAGUCCGACGAAGAAGUACAUUCUGGAGUUUCCUGUGCCUGUGGUGAAGGUUUUCCACGGUCCUACCUCCGAGGACGCGGACCCCUACUCCGAGAUGAAAGAGCUCGGCAUCUACGAGAACCUCGGUAGUCACGAGUACGACAACAUCUCGACAGAGGACAUCGCGAGCCGUGUUCUGAAAAACAAAGAGGCGUACGAGGAAAGACAGCGGCGUAAGGGGUGGAAAAGCGAGCACGAGAGACAGCUUGAGCAGCAGGAAAAAAAGCUAGAUAAAUAA